CAUCUCUCUGGCACUUUUCAUUGAUACCUCUGUCCUUUACCUGUUUGGAAUUUGACAAGAUCCAGACUCAGUGUGGCUGUGGAUUCUGAUUGCUUUGCAAAUGAUUAUUUCUUCACAAGAACUGGGUCUCCAGCAUUACUAAGACAGACCUCUGAGCACCUGGGAACUCGGCCUGCCUUGGCUACUGAGCUUGAUGGAAGAUCUGAUGUAGAUGAGUUGAUUAUAUUCCAUGAAGUGAUAGCUCAACACCAGCGAGGGUUCAAAGUACUUUUUCAGCAUCACUUCACCUGUGGACUCUUCUAAAUUUUGCUUUACUGGGGCAAAAAAAAAUCCGGGGUAAGAGGAGAUCAUUUUUAACCAGUUAGCAUCCUUUCCCCUCCCUUCCAAGUGAAUGCAAAGGAUAAGGCUGUGACUCCAUUGUACUGCACCUUUAAAUUAAAAUAGCAAAAGAAGAAAGGGACAAUGGCUCUGAGUGGAAACUGUAGUCGUUAUUAUCCUCGAGAACAAGGGGCUGCAGUUCCCAACUCCUUCCCUGAAGUCAUAGAGCUGAAUGUUGGGGGUCAAGUUUACUUCACUCGCCAUUCCACAUUAAUAAGCAUCCCUCAUUCCCUCCUGUGGAAAAUGUUUUCCCCAAAGAGAGACACAGCUAAUGAUCUAGCCAAGGACUCCAAGGGAAGGUUUUUCAUUGACAGAGAUGGAUUCUUGUUCCGUUAUAUUCUGGACUAUCUCAGGGACAGGCAGGUGGUCCUGCCUGAUCACUUUCCAGAAAGAGGAAGACUGAAAAGGGAGGCCGAGUACUUCCAGCUUCCAGACUUGGUCAAACUCCUGACUCCAGAUGAAAUCAAGCAAAGCCCAGAUGAAUUCUGCCACAGUGACUUUGAAGAUGCCUCCCAAGGAAGUGACACCAGAAUCUGCCCCCCUUCCUCUAUGCUCCCUGCUGACCGCAAGUGGGGAUUCAUUACUGUGGGUUACCGGGGAUCCUGCACCUUGGGCAGGGAGGGGCAGGCAGAUGCCAAGUUUCGGAGAGUUCCCCGGAUUUUGGUGUGUGGAAGGAUUUCCUUGGCAAAAGAAGUCUUCGGAGAAACUUUGAAUGAAAGCAGAGACCCUGACCGAGCCCCAGAAAGAUACACCUCCAGAUUUUAUCUCAAAUUCAAGCAUCUGGAAAGGGCUUUUGAUAUGUUGUCAGAGUGUGGAUUCCACAUGGUGGCCUGUAACUCAUCGGUGACAGCAUCUUUCAUCAACCAAUACACAGAUGACAAGAUCUGGUCAAGCUACACUGAAUAUGUCUUCUACCGUGAACCUUCCAGGUGGUCAUCCUCGCAUUGUGAUUGCUGCUGCAAGAACGGCAAGGGGGACAAAGAAGGGGAGAGCGGCACGUCCUGCAACGACCUCUCCACCUCCAGCUGUGACAGCCAGUCUGAGGCCAGCUCUCCCCAGGAGACGGUCAUCUGUGGGCCCGUGACACGCCAGACCAACAUCCAGACUCUGGACCGCCCCAUCAAGAAGGGCCCCGUCCAGCUGAUCCAACAGUCGGAGAUGCGGCGGAAAAGCGAUCUGCUCCGGACUCUGACUUCGGGCUCUAGGGAGUCGAACAUGAGCAGCAAAAAAAAAGCUGUUAAGGAAAAGCUCUCCAUAGAGGAGGAGCUAGAGAAAUGCAUCCAGGAUUUCCUAAAGAUCAAAAUCCCCGACCGGUUCCCUGAGAGAAAGCACCCUUGGCAGUCUGAACUUUUACGGAAGUAUCAUCUAUAG